CGCGGAUCCGUCAUCAUAACUUCCGGUUGUUUAUACAAGAUUUACUAACUUUGAAUGACUUUCAAAGGCAUUUAUCCAUAUAGCUGAUGCUAGAUUAAUGUUGUCGCUUAUCAGAAACACUCUUAUAUAUACGCGAUUGGUUAAUAUUAACUUAGACACAACAUUAAUCAGAAUGACGUCCAGCAUGAGCAAUGGAAUUGAUGUUGCAGGGAUGAGAAAGCCUUAUAAGGGAGACCAAGAGGCAUUUGAAGAAGACAGCCUGGUUGCCAAGGAGCCCAUUGCCCAAUUUAAACAUUGGUUUGAAAUUGCCUGCCAGACUGAUGGGAUUAGAGAAGCGAAUGCCAUGUCUCUUGCAACAGCCACAAAGACAGGAGUACCAUCAUUGAGGAUAGUCUUGCUAAAGGGUUAUGAUGACAAGGGUUUCAGGUUCUACACCAACUAUGAGAGUAGAAAAGGAAAAGAAAUUGAGGAAAAUGCAAGAGCAGCUUUGUGUUUCUAUUGGACCAAUGUGAAUGAAACAGAUGCGACUACUACCUGGUCAAGACAGGUGCGUAUAGAGGGCAUAGUUGAGAAGCUAUCUGAGGAGGAGUCGACCACUUACUUCCAUUCCCGUCCUCGGUCCAGCCAGAUAGGAGCAAUUGUUAGUCACCAGAGCACAAUAAUAACAGGAAGAGAUGUUCUCCGCGAGAGAAAUGAAAAAUUAACAAACGAAUAUGCAGAUGAGUCAAAAGAGAUUCCAAAACCAGAUUAUUGGGGUGGCUAUGUUGUGAAGCCACACAUGGUGGAGUUCUGGCAGGGGCAGACAAACCGUGUACACGACAGGAUCGUAUUCAGGAAACACCAAGAGGGGGAGACAUUUGAUGAGACAAUAACCCAUCCAGGGGAUGCUGGAUGGGUCUAUGAACGUUUAGCUCCAUAAUUAUAAAGAUUAUAAAGAAAGACUCGAUCUAUAACUUUAAGGCCAGGAAAAAGAUAAUUUGUUUCUAGUCUGGCUGUUCACAUUUGCAGUAACAAAAAGUGCAACCAGAUGCUGAUAAAGUAUGGGAUUAAUUUGUUCUAUUAAUUCGAGCAUUUGAGUUUGUUUUUAGGGAGAAAUGUGAAUUGAAAAUUAUAAGUUCAUUCAGGGAUCCUGAACUUACCUCAACAUUUAUUCAAAAGUCAACUGUUUAUAUAAUU